AUGAACGCGGCAGUGGUGAAGCGGACGCAGGAGGCCCUGGGGAAGGUGAUCCGGAGGCCGCCGCUGACGGAGAAGCUGCUGAACAAGCCCCCGUUCCGCUACCUGCACGACAUCAUCACGGAGGUGCGGGCGGGGCCGGGGGCCGAGGGUCGGGGCCCUGGUGCGGGUCGGGACGCAGGAGCCCAGCACCACACCAAGACCCACAGGAUGAGGCAUAUGCCCCCUGCCUCCCCACUUCAGUGGCCAGACAGGACUAACACAGAAGAUAAAGGUGUCAUGUCGGGCCAUGGUGGCACGCACUGGGAGGCCACGCCCAAGUUGCUGGGUUCAAUACCCUUCUUAGCUGCACCACGGAACGCGCCUCGGCCUGAGUUACCAGGAGCCUUGACAGCCCGGUUCAACGACGAAGGCUGGCUGUGCACCUUCUGUCUCUCCAGUGACGAUGCGGUGAAACGAGUGUUGGCUGGAGAGAGGGGGGACGCGAAGGCAAGGCCCUCCCUGACGUCCAAGUCUCAGGAAUUGGACAGCAGGAAUGCGCGAGAGGAAGGGCCCGGAGUUCGUGAAGAUAAAGAGGAUAAAAGAUAUUCUGAGAUAAAUGAGGAAAGUGCGAGGAGAGACCAGAAACAGAGGGAAGAAGUGAAAGAAGAAAGCAAAGCACAAGACAAGGACAAGGACAAGACGAUGGAGAACGACCGUGAGAGACACAAGGAGCCGGAGAGGGACAAGUACCGAGAAGGAGAGAGAGAGCGAGCCAGGAACCGGGCCAAGCAGGACAGGGACAGAGGCACCCGAGAGCGGGACAAGGACAUGGAGCGCGAGAGAGAGCGACGGAGUGAGGCCGGGAAGGAGAAGGAGAGACGGAAGGAGCGAGAGCGAGAGCGGGAGCGAGACAAGGGCCGGGACAGGGACCGCGACAGGCGGAGGGGCAAGGACGGGGACCUCUCCAGGAACCCCGACAGGGAGAAGAGCAGAGAGCACGACAAACCGGAGAGGAAGUCCUCGAACUCAGGGGAGGUGUCUAAAAAGUUGUCAGAUGGAUCUGUGAAAGACUCCAAAGCUGAAACAGAGACUGAGGUUUCCACUAGAGCGUCUGGGUCCGUGACAGCAAAGAUGUCAAAACGGCGAUCCAAAAAUUCAAUGGAAGGAAGAAGGGACUCUAGAACCAGUGAAAAUAGUGCCUCCCCUGAAAAACAACAUAACCCUUCCUACAGUAAAGCUAAGAAGGAACAUACCGUGAAACAGCUCGGAAGAAAGGAAGAUAGUAUCUCAGCUAAAAUUUUAGGCUCCAUAGUGUCUGGAUUAAAUAAUGAACCAGAUCAGGAAACUACGACCUCGGAUAUAGGCACAAAGGAAGCUACUACUAACUCAGCUAACGUUUCAGACGAUAACUCAGCUAGUCUGAGGCGUGAGCACGUCGAGCCAGAACCAGCAGUGAAGCAGAAAGGUGACUCCCCUAGUGAUACAGAAGAAGUCGGACCUUCUGUCCAGGAGAAAUCCGAGCUGCCGAGCGAGCUUCCGGCCAACAUCAGAAAACCACCUCGGCCUGGGAGUGCGAGACCAGCGCCUCCCCGGGUGAAGCGUCAAGACGGGGCGGAGGCGCUCACGGCGGACAGGACAGGGAGUGGCAAAGCCGUGGCCAGUGUAAUUGUAGACGCACAGAACUCCGACGGUGAGGAAGACGACCAGUUUGUGGUGGAGGCCGCCCCCCAGCUCCCUGAGAUGUCCGAACUUGAAGUGGUGCCAGCGGUAGACGUGGAGGAAGAGGAGAAACAUGGAGGGCUUGUGAAAAAGAUUCUGGAGACCAAGAAAGACUAUGAGAAGCUUCAGCAGCCACCCAGACCUGGAGAGAAGGAGAAAUUGCUUGUCUCUGAGUCAGCGUGGAAGAAGGAGAAGGACAUCGUUUCCAAGGAGAUCGAGAAGCUGCGUGUGUCCAUCCAGACCCUGUGCAAGAGCGCACUUCCCCUGGGGAAGAUCAUGGACUACAUCCAGGAGGACGUGGACGCCAUGCAGAACGAGCUGCAGCUGUGGCACCGUGAGAACAAGCAGCACGCCGAGGCCCUGCAGGAGGAACAGAGCAUCACGGACUGUGCCGUGGAGCCCCUGAAGGCCGAGCUGGCGGAGCUGGAGCAGCUGAUCAGAGACCAGCAGGACAAGAUCUGCGCCGUGAAGGCCAACAUCCUGAGGAACGACGAGAAGAUCCAGAAAAUGGUGUGCAGCAUCACUCUGAGUUCCAGAAGGUGA